UUCAUGGGAGAAAACGCAGCUUCUUACCGGAACCGUGGAGAGCGUCGUAAACGGAAAACUCAAUAAGUGCGCAGAUGCGCGCAGGACGCGCGUAUGGGACUUGUAGCGGCCGAAAAACAGUUUUGCACCACAAGAUCCUACAGCACACUGCGGUGAAUAUGAAUAUCAUUGGGAAGGUCCCCCCAGUGCUGCGCACGUUUGUCUGGAGCAGAAAACCCUCUUCACUGAUGAGGUCCAAAAGUGGUGCCAGGGAGGAGUAGGCCACCUUCUUCCAGCCAGCCGUGUCCCCCUCCUGAAGGUCCUGGUGGACGUAUUUUCUGCCUAAGAUUGUCCCCGGGAUCAUUCGAAACUGUUUCUCCAACGCUUCUACCAGAAACUUAGACUGUUUUCCAAAGCAGAACAGGCCCAGCCCUCCCAGGCGGAAGCGAUGGGGAGCGUGCGAAGCCACCGCUACAGCAUCGUCUCCUCAGAGGAGGACGGCAUGAAGCUCGCCACCAUCGCCGUGCCCAACGGCUACGGCAACGGCAACGUCAACAAGGCGCUGGACGAGCCCCAGCGCCAGAGUCGCUUCGUCCGGAAGGACGGUCACUGCAACGUGCAGUUUAUCAACAUGAGCGAGAAGGGCCAGCGCUACUUGGCAGAUAUCUUCACCACCUGCGUGGACAUUCGUUGGCGCUGGAUGCUGCUCAUCUUCUGCCUCUCCUUCCUCCUCUCCUGGCUCUUCUUUGGCCUGGUCUUCUGGCUGGUGGCGCUUUCUUACGGAGAUUUGGAGAACGAGACUCAGCUGUGUGUUUCAAACGUGGACAGCUUCACUGCUGCCUUCUUGUUUUCAGUGGAGACCCAGACCACCAUCGGUUACGGGUACAGGUAUGUGACCGAGGAGUGUCCGGUUGCUGUGUUCAUGGUUGUCUUCCAAAGCAUCGUGGGAUGCAUCAUCGACGCGUUCAUCAUCGGUGCCGUGAUGGCUAAGAUGGCCAAGCCCAAAAAGAGGAACGAGACCCUGGUGUUCAGCCAUUACGCCACCGUGGCAAUGAGGGACGGGAAGCUUUGCCUCAUGUGGCGAGUGGGGAAUCUGAGGAAGAGUCACCUGGUGGAAGCCCACGUCCGAGCCCAGCUCUUGAAGUCCCGCACCACCGCAGAGGGGGAGUUCAUCCCUCUGGAUCAGGUGGACAUUGACGUGGGUUUUGACAGCGGCAUUGACAGAAUCUUCCUGGUCUCUCCCAUCACCAUCGUCCACGAGAUCGAUGAGGACAGCCCCUUCUAUGAGAUGAACAAGCAGGAGCUGGAGACAUCAGAAUUUGAGAUCGUCGUCAUUCUUGAGGGAAUGGUGGAGGCCACAGCUAUGACCACCCAGUGUCGGAGCUCCUACAUAGCCAGCGAGAUCUUGUGGGGUUACCGCUUUGAGCCGGUCCUAUUUGAGGAGAAGAACUACUACAGAGUGGACUACUCUCGCUUUGACAACACCUACGAGGUGACCAACACCCCACAGUGCAGUGCCAGGGAGCUGGCAGAGAAGAGGUCCAACCCCUCCACUUCAAGGAACUCCUUCUGCUAUGAGAACGAGGUCGCGCUUGAAAAGGUCGACUUGGAGGAGGACAUCGAAGAGGAGGAGGAGGAGGAGGAGGAGACCAGGAGCACACAGGACGUUGAGGUGAAUGCUCUGGAUGACGUGAACACAGAUGCAGCCUCAGACUCUGAACACAGCGCGGACAUUUUGCCUUUAGAAACAAGACCUUUGACUGCGGAACCCGAAAUAUAACAGCAGGUGAUUCAUGAGGUUGCGGUUGCAACGGAGCUUUUGGGUUACAUGAACUGGUUGCACUGGGCUGUAGGAACAAUAUUGGCCAGAUCCUUCACAUGGGUACAAGCAUUUUGAUAAAGAAUCAAAGAUUUAUGACACAAUUUUGACCGUGUGUGGCCUCACUGUCGCUAAAUUUGGGUUUAAAAAAAUGAGGGAACAGGCUACAUUCACAUUGUGUUUCAGGUUAUUUCUAGAGAGCAAAAAAGCAAUUCCAAUGGUUUAUUCUGAAUUCUACCUUCUCACCACCUUCACCAACGGUCCAUAACUGUCAGUAGAGGCAGAUGAAAAUGUUUUCCCCAGCUGAGUGUUUGUCUCCCCCUUAGCUUUCACCAUAGAACCAGUGCCCAUCUGCGGACGCCUCAGGGACGUCUGGGCCUCUUUGCCUAUAGGCUUAGCUUCACCUCACUGGCUUACUUCCCCUUAAAAUCCUCCAAAAUUCAAACAUAAAAUUCUUUUAUUUACCACUACAAAUGUCAUAUAUCUUUUAAAGUAAAAACCAGUGCGAUACAACGCAUUUGUCUGCUUACACAAGAUGGCCGCGCUAAAGCUAUUGGCGUGUUCGAUGAAUAAAGUUUGUCCGGGAAUCAAUCCGAUUAUUUAUAUUCUGCCUCCAUCUAUUAUUGUUUAUGCUGUAGUUGCCCAUGACAACGACAAAAAAAGUCACACAAGAGCAAACACCAUGUGAACGCAGCCUUCAGUAUAAGCUAUUUUAGCAGAUGUAUAUGUUUUGCAUUAGUUUUUCACUGAACAACUGAAGCCACACAAGGACUUGUUUGUUAAUGAGCUGGUCUCUUAGCAAAUCGGUAUUUACAGUCUUCUUCCAUGUGGUCUGUACGAUGACUUGCACAGAUUAGGAGCGGGGAAUAAAAGAUGCUUUAUCUUUCCGAAACGUCUCCAGCAAUAAACCUUUUCAAGCGGUUCAGGUCGGUGACAGAAUGUGAAGCUGAAGUCGUGAAUGUUUGUGAUAAGUGCUGCUAAGUUACAUAUGAUAUGUUUGGAGGGAGAUCCAGAAGCCAAAAUGUAUUAUUUGUAUUUGCAAAGCCUCCUUUUGGAGAUUUUAACAGCAACCUGUGUUGUUCAUUUUAGAUGUAGACAAGCAUGAAGCUGUGUGUGAGUGUGUGUGUGUGUGUGUGUUGUUGUUUUUUCCAAAGCACUUUCUUCCUCAUCAGCGAGUUUCCUACAUUAGAAACAGAGACUGCUUGACAUGGGCUGACGCUAAAACAAUAAAAGCUCAUCCUUGCGGGUCGAAUUGUAAGGAGAUUAUUUAUUGGAUGACUGUAACAAGUUGGCCACCAAACUGGCUUUAAUUCAGUAUAUUUUCGGUGUGUACGCGCAACAAUGUGUAGUGUGGAUCAGAUACCGCUGGGUUAUUAUUAGAUCCAAAAUAUUCCUCUGUUUGGGUGGCGUCCAUGUGAGCGCAGUCUCUGUUUAAAAAGCCAAAGCCCUACUGAGACUCUCUCAUUCUAAAGUCGACUGGCUCAUAUGAAGCAUUGGAGUUGUCCACUUAACAAACUCUAAUAUUUCUUGAGCACUCACACACUGGAAUUUUCUUUCGACAUAUUCAAGAUCAAGUUAGCCCGAAGUGUGCGCAACACGAGCUUCUGGGAAAUGACUGAAAACAUUUCAUCCAUUCGACUUGGUCCUGCACAAACUGUAUAGUUUUUUUAAAAAAUCUUUUGUAAAUUAUUAUGCUCAUAAAGACUGUAUGCUUUAGAUGAUGUCAUAAUUUUCCAAUAAAACCUU